AUGGAUUUCCAAUUCUUUAGCAGCAACUCGAAGGGCGUCUACGAGCUCGAGAGAAUAUCCCAGCUCAGUCGCAAAGGCAGCAGUCGCUCUUUGGGUUCGACAAAUCUGAAUCGCUCGCUCUCUAUCCGCUCCAAUAAGGGAGGCUCGGUAGGCUCGCCAACGCCGGCUCGCCGCAAGGGAUUCUCCUUUGCAUCGUUGCGCGGGUCGAUCCAGCCAGAGCUGUCGCGGCGCUUGUACCAGCUGAUCAAGUCGACCAACAACCUGGUGUCGGCGCAUGAAACCGCGGGCCGGGAGCGCGAGACGAUCGCAAAACAGUUGUCUGAGUGGGGCGAGCAGACGGGAGACGACGCCGUGUCAGAUAUCAGCGACAAAGUUGGUGUCGUGUUAUCCGAACUUGGUGCUCAGGAGGAGACAUAUGCACACGGCCUCGAUGAGGCUCGUGGCAUCCUCAAAUUCAUCCGUAACACGGAGAAGAGCGUCCAACCCAGCCGCGAUUCUAAGGCCAAGAUUGCCGACGAGAUCCAGAGGCUCAAACUUAAAGAGCCCCAGAGCUCUCGCCUCGUAAUCCUCGAACAAGAGCUGGUUAGAGCCGAGGCCGAGAAUCUGGUCGCUGAGGCUCAGCUGACGAAUAUUACUCGUAACAAGCUGAAGGAAGCCUAUGACGCUGAAUUCGCCGCCGUGAUCGAGCGCGCAGAGAAACAAAUUAUCCUUGCAAAACACGGUCGACGCCUCCUUGAUCUGCUGGAUGAUUCGCCCGUCACGCCUGGCGACGCGAGACACACGUACCAGAACGGAGGCGCCGCCCGGCAGGUCCUGAACGAUGCCGAGGACGAUCUCAAGAGCUGGGAGAGAAACACCGAAAGCUAUGACACGGUUGCGGGAGGAUACGAUAUGACUACCGCUGGCCUUACUGUUAACGACGGUAGUACUACUACUAGUAUGGGCGGGAAGGCAGGGGGUCAGGCGCCUAUCAUAACUGAUACUGGCCGCAUGUCUGUUGAUGGUGGUGAACAUCACCAACUAACGAGAGAGGCGGGGGAGGCGAGCGAGGCGCCGUAUGUAAGCCCAACACCGACUUCGAUCGAUGAUGAGAAUAAUGAAAGGGGACUCUAA